CUCCUAUUCUCAUAUCUUCCACAGACUCUUGCUAACAUUACACAGUGCUCCAUCUUUUUCUUAUAUUUUCCCACAUUUUCUCUGCUCUUUUCUUUUCUUUUCUCUUCUUCUCUUUUCUUUCUUCCUGUGUUUUUUCCCUUCUGUUCAAGAAUCAAGACUUUUCCUCCAAGAAUCAUUUUGGUUUGGUUUACAGUAUUUGUUUGCAUUUCGGGCAUAGAUAGUGGGUAUCUCACGAUUCUUGGAAUUUUUCUCUCAACUUUCAUUUUCAUGUCCAUGUUUUGAAUCUCCCUGAGGGAAAAAGAAAAAGCCUGUACAGUAGUUGAAAAAAAACAAAGUGGGUAUCUGCUAAAAGUAGAGGAAAGGUUUUGUAAAGGAAGAUGAAGAUUCAGUGCGAUGUUUGUGAGAGAGCUCCAGCGACGGUGAUUUGUUGUGCAGAUGAAGCGGCUCUUUGUGCAAAAUGUGACAUAGAAGUUCAUGCAGCCAACAAGCUUGCAAGCAAACACCAGAGGCUUCUUCUUCAAUGUCUCUCCAACAAGCUUCCUCCUUGUGACAUAUGCCAAGAGAAGGCAGCUUUCAUUUUCUGUGUUGAAGACAGAGCACUUUUCUGUCAGGACUGUGAUGAACCAAUCCAUUCAGCUGGUAGCCUCUCUGCAAAUCAUCAGCGGUAUUUGGCAACUGGAAUCAGAGUGGCUGUAGGAUCUAGUUGCUCCAAGGACACUAAGAAGAGUUGUUUAGAGCCACCUAAUCAGAGUGCACCACAAACAUCUGUGAAAUUGCCUGUACAACAACCAUCAAGCUUCAACUCUUCAUGGGCAGUUGAUGACUUGAUGCAAUUCUCAGACUUUGAAUCGUCCACUGACAAGCAGAAAGAGCAACUUGAAUUUGGAGAGUUUCAGUGGCUAGCUGAUGUGGGUCUUUUUGGUGAGCAACUUCCUCAAGAGGCAUUAACAGCAGCUGAAGUUCCUCAAAUAACAGCUCCAUCAUCAGUGAAUGUUAGCUCAUACAGGCCUACCAAAUCCAACAUGCCUAAUAAGAAGCCAAGGAUUGAGAUUUGUGAUGAAGAUGAGGAGUACUUCAUUGUACCUGAUCUUGGCUGAGAUGAAGCCAUAAACUCUAUGGCUAGUGUUUUAUGGAUGGUGAAGUGUACAUACUUUUCAUGCAAUGUAUGUAUGUUUAUUACAAGAUAUGUUAGGAGAAACAUAAAGGGUAGUUAAGGGAAUUUACAUUUGAUAUAUUACUGCUGUAAGUAAUAUUGAAGCUGUCCAAUGUCAUGGAUGUGAUUAUGAUACUGUAUCAGUUUUAGAUCUCUUUGUUAGCAAUUACAUUCAACUUGUUUGUUAUGGCAAUUGGCUUAUUUUGUAGCA